GGCUGUUGUUACCAUAGCAACCACAAGCAUUGGAGUUGCUACUGAAGAACGCGUCUCAUUCUCUCUGUCUGUCUCGUAUGUUUCUGUGUUCUUGUGCUCUACAGUCUUUUAUUUAAUGAGCGCCAGCAGAAGGACCUCAGGAAAGGAGGUCCGUGUCGUCUCUGUUUAUCCAGCGAGGGGAUUGUGGGAUCUCAGAGUGCGCUGCAGCAGGAUCUAAUGGCCACCGGUGUCGUCGGAUAGAUGUUUUAAAGAAGCUUUAUGGAUGUGGAGGUGUACAGUGAACUAUGACACACGGCCGUCAUGUGUCCAGUCUCCCUGAGGCUAAAAACACAGAAGAUGAGACGUGCUCCUCGUCCUCCAUCUGUCCGCUGUGUCGUCAUGGUUUCGAUGUUCCUCUGAUGCUGCCAUGUUCUCACACGCUGUGUGGCCGCUGUCUGACCGGAGGUGCGCGGCUGGACCGAUUCAAGGGUGGAGUUAAGGGCGUGUCCUCCGCCUCUCGUUCAAUCUGUGCCGUUCUCUGUCCAAACUGUCGUCACGGCGUCGAGCUACCCUGCUUUGAAUGGUCGUCUGCUGUGACCUGUCUGCCCUUUGACCCCACGGUGACCUGUGACCCUGAAGUGAAGGUGGAGACAUUCAUCGAUGGCAGUGUCGAUCUUUCUGAGGAGGAAAUGGAGCAAUCUGUUUCAGGUCUAGUGUUCACUCUCGAUGGCUCUGACCCGACCCUUGACCUCUCAAACUCCUCUCUCACUUUGACCUUUACGGGUGGCACACUUUCAGCCGGUGACCGCAGCGCUCGUGAGUCGUGUCCGCUCCCUCAGGUGUGUGGAGGGGUGUCUAUCUCCAGAGGACAGUACUACUGGGAGGUGGACGUCUGCAACAGCACCCUCUACAGGAUAGGUGUGAUCUCAUCAUCUGAUGGUCGUGGCUGGUGGCUGGAGAGGCGUGGCUCCUCGUGUCAUGCUGUGUUUGAUGGACGCCGUGAGCUCCUCCCCUCUGUGCCUCCUCAGCUGAAGACAGUUGGCGUGUUUCUGAAUGUAGGCGGGGCUUCUUUAACUUUCCACAAUUCUGUCACUCAAGAGUUUCUGGCUGCCAUCCCCUCCCACUUCACCGUUCCCCUCCGUCCUGCUCUUCAGCUGGGUCAGGGAAAGCUGAAGCUCCGCCCCGGCCUGCCUCCACCCAAUCACGUCUUUCUCGGUCAUAACUCUGCCUAUCGGGGUCCAGGAGGGGCGGGGAACGGGGCGCUGGAGGAGGGACGUGGCGUUUGGGUCGGUGAAGGCGGUGAUAGAGAAGUUUGA